AUGGAGAAUAAGGAAGCCGCAUUGCCGACGCAUGCAAAAGACAAUCCUAAUGUCUCAGCCGACGGCGCACCCUCGAAGAAUGCAUUGAAGAAAGCGCAAAAAGAAGCGGAAAAAGCUGCAAAGAAGGCCGCGGCAAAGGCAAAAGAGGCGGAGCAGAAAGCAGCUCAACAAAUGCAGGCAUCUGAGGACACGGCAAAGGACAAUUAUGGCAAAUUGCCGCAAGACGACCCCGAGAUUACGCAUCUCAAGAAGCUCGGGGAGGAGCACGUCGACAAAGAAGUUACCGUGAUUGUCAGAAUUCACAACAACAGAAGUCAGAGUGCAAAACUUGCGUUUCUCAUGUUGCGUCAGCAAGGCAAAACUAUUCAGGCUGUUGUUGCAGCCACAGGGGAGGCUGUGUCUAGGCAAAUGGUGAAAUGGGCUGUGGGCGUUAACGUUAACUCCUUCGUUCGCAUCUCAGGCAUUGUCAAAAAGCCCGAUCCUCCCGUCGCUUCGGCAUCGAUCAGCAGCCUCGAACUGCAUGUCACGAAGAUCUACCUUAUCGCCUCCGCCGCCGAGCAGAUCCCGAUGCAGGUCAAAGAUGCGGAACGACCACCACCACCAUCCAUCACCGGCGAGGAAGAAGGACCAGCAGUUGAUGCCGAGGGAGCUCCUAUUGUCACGUUAAAGACCCGCCUCGACAACCGCGUGAUUGAUCUACAAACGGAGUGCAAUCAAGCCAUCUUCACCAUCUCCUCAGCCGUCGAGGGCCUGUUUGAAGAAUACAUGCGCAAAUCUGGUUCCCGCAAGUUCAACACACCCAAGAUUCUUGGUGCGGCUACUGAGGGUGGCUCUGGGGUUUUCGAAGUGAACAAUUACUUUGGAAAGAGUGGGUAUCUUGCCCAAUCCCCACAACUGUACAAACAGAUGCUCAUUGCUGGGGAUUGCGAGAGUGUCUUUGAAAUUGGCCCGGUCUUUCGCGCGGAGAAUAGCAACACACAUCGACAUUUGACGGAGUUCACCGGUCUCGACUUUGAAAUGGUGUUCAACCACCACUAUCACGAAGUAUUAGAAUUUGCCGAGAACCUAAUCGUGUUCAUUGUCCACGAGCUCCAGACUCGCUACAAGGAUGAAAUCGCGGUCGUGCAAAGGUACUUCCCCCGCGCAGGAGAUUUCCGAAUCAAGGACGGCAAAGCCUUGCGAUUGAAAUAUUUCGAUGGGAUUAAGAUUCUGAAAGACGCGGGCAUGGAUACCACAGAACAAGACAACUAUGUCACAGACUUGACGACAGCUCAAGAGAAGAGAUUGGGACAGUUGAUAAGAGAAAAACACGACACGGAUUUCUACGUGCUGGAUGAAUUCCCCAUGGUGGUAAGGCCAUUCUACACGAAACCACACCCGACGGACCCGAAGUUGUCCAAUUCAUAUGACUUCUUCAUGCGUGGUGAAGAAAUCAUGUCUGGCGCUCAACGUAUCAAUGAUGCCGCAGAGCUAGAAGCAUCAAUGAGGAGCAAAGGAGUUGACCCGGAUGCAGAGGGGUUUCAAGACUAUGUCAAUGCAUUCAGACAGGGGUGUCGGCCACAUGCUGGCGGUGGGCUAGGUCUGAAUCGAAUCGUCAUGUUCUUCCUGGGGUUGGACAAUGUGAGGCAGGCGACACCCUUCCCUAGAGAUCCCCAGAGGUUGAGGCCUUAA